UAUAGCAGCUAAAAGAUGGAGAAGAGUGACAAGAAAUCAAGUCGUUUCUCGUUUCGUAGAAGGCCUAAGAGUAUAAGUGUCGAUCGUGGAAAAACCGAUUAUUCAGAAACUAAUUUAGUUAAAGCUGAUAACCUGUUGUAUAUCAGUCAGGAAGAAGCCAUUAAUAUUGAUAAAGAACUAUUCAAUGAAUAUUGCUACAGCGUCGACCAGUUGAUGGAAUUGGCGGGAUUGAGUGUUGCUACAGCAAUUGCAAAAACUUACCCUCGUUCAAACAUGGGCAAAGGUGGCACGGUGUUGAUAUGUUGCGGACCGGGUAAUAAUGGAGGUGACGGACUCGUCUGUGCCAGACACUUAAAGAUGUUUGUAAGUAAUAUUUUUAUGAUAUUAUAUAAACUGUUAGAAAAUAUAGGAUUAGAAAUGAUUCAGUUAAAUGUAAUGAGAAUUAUAUAA